GGAGUGUCGUUCUUUUGGACUCUGCGAAUUUCAAGUUUCUGAAACGAAAUAGCUAGACUAAUUAUCUGUUUAUAGAAUUGAUGUUCGAAAUCAUGGUAUCUGAGUGAACUGCAUUGGAGCAGAAAAUCUUGGAGGGAACAUCAAUACUAUUCUAAUGACAUUCCAUAGGAAUAAAAAUUAUUUACGCCCUCAACUGCUCAGAGUUCAACAGUUGUGAAAAUGGAAACCACCGACGCCGCAUGACGUAGCAACAACAUGAUACUGAUAGUGAUAGCGACAUAUUCUGAAAAGUUGUGAAGAAAUACAGCGCUACGGCCUCAGGGUCAAUCUUGGGACCGAGUUGACCUUGGAUUGCCCUUUGACCUGCAAUCAUGGCGGAGCUUGCUGAACGGCAGCGGGUGGUAGACGCCAUGUUUGUCCAGUAUGAUAAGGAAUGUAAAGGGGAACUGGAUCCAGUGGAACUUCAACUCUUGCACGAGAGCCUUCGGAUGGGAGGGAUCAGUAUACCACAGGUGAAGGCAUCUAUGAUGUACUGCUGUGCCUUUGAGGAUUCCUGCGAACCCAGUGAACUCUUCGGUGUCCUGCAGGAGAUGGACAGGAGGUACUUCCUUCUUCAGGACUUCCGUUGGGAAUUCGACCUCCUGGAUAGAGAGCAGAAGGGUUUCAUCACAGAAGACCAAGCAAGAUUUAUGUUUGAAGCAGUGCAUGGAAACCUGUUCUCACGUCGUCGAUGGGAGAAGUUUUUACGCAACCGACCAGUCAGGGGUAGCGGGAUCAGCUUCGCUGAGAUUGAGGUGGACCUGUGUAACAUCCCUAACCGACAAGAAAUAGCCAUGGAAGAAUAUGAAGAACUACGAGAAAAAGAAGAAAGGAACAAGAAGCACGAAGGAAAGAAACAGCAGGAGGAGGAGGCCAGAGAUGCGAGGAGGAAACUUGAGGAUGAGGAGAGGAGGAGGAAAGCAGAGGAGCAAAGAAAGAAGGAUGAAGAUGAGAGAAGAAGAAAGAAGGAGGAAGAGGAGAGGGUGGAGGAUCAGAGGGCGCAAGAGCAAAGAGAGCGAGAAGACGAAGAGAGAGGAAGGAGAGAAGCGGUUGAACGGGAAGCAGAGCAAGAGAAGAAGGAGAUGGAUGAGAAAGAGAAGGAGCGGCAGAGGGAGCUGGAGAUCAUCGAGGUCCAGCAAGCCCUGGAGGCCCAGAGGGAGCUGGAGGCCAAGGCUAUAGCACUCCAGGAGGAAGAGAGAGCCGAGAUGGAGAAGAAUAAAAAUGUGGAGGAUGAGGCCAAGGAAGCUGCAGAAAAGGCUAAAGCGGCUGAGGAGGAGGCUAAGAAGGCGGCAGCGGCUGUCAAGGAGGCAAAGGAUGCGGCGAGCAAGAAAGCAGCAGAAGAGGCUGAGAAAGCCGCCAAAGAAAAGGCUAAACGUGAACGUCACAACAAGAUUCGCAAGGAACUCAAGGUGGCCAUCAAGGAGAAGGACAAGGCCAAGCUACAGAAGUCUGUCAAGGAGUUCAAGGAUGCCAAGCUCGCUGACACAGAGGGCGACCUUGCGAAGGCGGAAGCCAUCCUCAAACGCUUCAAGGCAAGGGAUGAUUUGGUGAAAGCCAUGGACAAGCGCAGCCUGGAGGACCUGGAAAAGGCCAUCAAGUUUGUCAAGAAGAAUGGCUUCGAGGCCCACAUGCCCCAGGAGAUGAUCAAGGCCAACAAGAUGCUGCUGUCGCUCAAGCGGCUCAAGCGCCUCCGGGAUGAGAUCCUCAAUCUCAAACAGAGCACCGUGGCAGAGAUCCGUAGCUACUCCAAGCCUCCGGACCAGGUCCACAAGGUCAUGACCGGCACCUACCUCUUGCUAGGCAACAAGGAGAAGGAGCUACUGGUAUGGAAGGGGAUGCAGGCCCUCAUUGGGAAGACCGGUAAAGAGGGCUUGAAGCGACGUGUCAUGGAAUGCGACCCCAAUAAGAUUCCUCUUGCCCCCUCUGAGCGUACCAUCGCCCUCCUCUCGAAGUUCGACCUUGAGCAGGUCAGAGAUGUCAGUGCCGGUGCUGCUGUUUUCUUCGCUUGGGCUACAGCCACGGCCGAGGAUGUGAUCGAGAGGGAAAGGCAGAAGGCGGAGGGCAUCACGCCAACGGAACUACAAAAGGGACACAAGACCAUCAAGACGGAGAUGAAAUCUGGAAACAUUACUAUCACAAUUUAGCGAGAGAGGGAGGCAUUGACACGGAACUGCCAACUAGUAUUGUUUUCAGUAGUCAGUACUAAAAAAAAUGAGAGAAAUAUUGAUGGUUUCAUACAAACUAUGGAUCUCUAAAGUGUCGGUUUGUGUAUUUAUGGUAUUUCUUUGAAAAUACUGAUUUCUCACCAAAUACUGAUUUUCAUCUUUUAAAGUACUGAAAUGUUCUUAUUCAGGUUUGCAGCUCUGUUGAUAUGUUAUAGAAGAGAUACACUGGUAAGGGGGUGGAUAGAUAAUGUGGCACGCAGAGAGAGAGAGAGAAGGGGGAGGAAAGAGAGAUAGGGAUGGAAAGAGGCAGAUAGAAAAAGAGACAUGAAGCAUACGAGAGAGGGGGACAUUUGCACACACAUAGAGAAAUGGGUAAGACAGAGAUGGAAGAAGGAAAGAAAGAGAAAGAAAGAUGUCCAUGGAAAAACAAUAUAUUUCAUGUGGAAUGAUGAGCAUAAGUUAUUGAAGGGAUGGUGGGGUUGAGAGAGAGAUAGAGAGUGAGUGAGAGAGAGAGACGGAUUAUGGACUUAAUAUUUUGAAAUAAUUAGUUGUGACAAAAAUAUAUUUGAAAAUUAUGUUACUGUAUAUAGCUGUAAUAAUUUUGAGAUCAAGAUGAUAUAUUUAUACUUUUUUUUUUUACUGAUUUUGAUUACCAGCGAACAAAUUCAUUUUUUUAAUAUUUCCUGCAACUCUACCAUUCCAGUUGAUUAUGACAAUUGGCAAGGCGUUGAUCUUCAUUUGCCGCUCUCCACCCAGGUUUGCGACCCGGAAGGAAGGAAUUCCUUAAAUGCUCGAGCACCUGAUUGGGGUAGCUGUGCAAAGCUGGGGUAAUAGUAUGCUUCACCUAGACA